AUGUUUUCGUCUUCAAUUCUUACGAAAUUAUCUAUUGAUGUAUAUAGUUUUGAUGAUUGUCUUUGUUUAUUGGAUGGUCGUCUCAAACAAUUGACCAUACUUAUUGUUCGAAUUUAUAAGAUCAACUAUCAUUCAUCGAUCAUUCACACGAUUGAUGAUAAUUUACCUCAUUUGAAAUGUUUCUCAUUAAUAUGUUAUGAGAAAACUAAUGCGUACGAUAAUCGAGUACUUCCUCUUCUUCGUCGUAUGACAUAUUUGGAAAAAUUAACAUUAUAUCUUCGUUUGCAUGAUCGAAAUAUAUUUGUUAAUGGUACUCAUCUUCAUCGAGAAAUUCUUAUGCAUAUGUCACAACCUCAUACAUUCAUUUUUUAUAUAAGUACUGAAAUUGAAAUCAAUGAUUCAAUUAAUCGUUUAUCUGAUAAUGAUAUUCAACAAACGUUUACAAAUAUAGGUUAUCAUCGAAUAGCUUGUGCUAUAAAUUAUUAUCGUAAAUCCAAAGCAAUAUGUCAUGUUUUCUCACUUCCGUUCAUGAUGUGGACUGACGACGAAGAUUCCGAUGAAGAUCAACAACAGAAUACAUAUCGAAACAAUGAUCAAAUAACACAAAGAUAUUCAAAUAAAGGAAAAAAAGACAAAUGUAAUUGUCGUCGAGAAUGUUCAAAACGUUCUUGUUGUUGUUUUAAAUUUGGUAGUGGAUGUAACACAUCGUGUGGAUGUGGCACAUCUUGUCAAAAUAUGUUUAAUUGUCUGGAUUAUUUCUUUGGUGAAGAUGGAGCAUAUAAUGGAAAUUCUUGUUUUACAAAAUGGCUUAUCAAACAUGCUAAAAAUGCAGAUGAAUUAAAAGUGAUUGAUCGGAAGAAAUUACAUCAAUCUAUCAUGCAAUCUCCAAGUUAUCGAAAAGUACGUAAGGAUGAAGAAUUUGCUGAUUGGAUAAAACAAUGGUGUAAAAUUAGUGAAUACGAAGAAAUAGAACAUAUUCAAAAAAAUUUUCGAAUGCUUCUAUCAGAUGAUACAUCAAAUUAUUAUUAUUCAUUUUGUUAUAACGAUAGAAUGAUAUUCGAUAUAAAUAUACUUAUGGUGUUCACUUGUCAUGGACAAAAUAUCGAAGAAUAA